CCCCCGGCCGGCGCGCGUUCGCGGCCAGGGGAGGCGUGUGCUGCUUUUGCAGCGGGCGAGAGAGGGAGAGGGAUGGAUGCUGGAGGAGGAAUUCGGGUUUAACGAGUGAUCGCUGCUGUCUAGGAUUUUGUUGCUUUCUCUGGGGAGCCUUGACCUCCUUUCCCGGACGAGCCCUCCUGUGUUGAACUCCAGAGGAAUCCGGAGUCUUGGGGUCUUCUUGGGGCAGCCCCGAUCCCCACCCUGGGCUCCAGCAUCGAGGACUCUGUGCACCCCCUGGCCAGGCAACAGAACUUGUUCCGCGGAUGUUGUGGAGCUUCCACCUGCCACACCGGAGUGAUUCCUUCUACCCCCUCCUCCAGCUGUAGCAGCUUAAGAGGGAAAGAACAACUAACCGGGGAAUUUUCUUUAAUUUUAUUUUUCAACCCACCUCAGAACGGUGAAGUGCUUCUUCUGCUUGAUUUUAGCUGAAGGAUGCUCAGCAUUUCUUUGAUUUCUAUGGAGACCUCAGAGUUGGGUUUGCCCCUGCUGACACCUCAUCUUGCACCUUCUCUACCUCCCAAGGUCUUUGCCUCUGUUGGUAGCUUGGCAUUGCCCCUGGGUCCAGGAAACCUGUGAUGAACUUAAGGGGAGAGCCUGAGAGUCAUCCUGAUAGGCUUUGAGCAGCAAUGGCUGGACAUACUUCAAGUCACAUGUUAACAUGGGUCAAGCCGUCACUAGAAGGCAAGUGCUAAGACUAAAGGCUUGUUUGCAUUUUAUUUAAAUUUGAUGGACUCAGCUUUGGACAAUUUCCAUGGUAGAAAAAUAUAUUCCAUUUUCUAGGCACAACUGCUGGCUGUCAGAUACUUCCUGCCUUCGAAUCUUGUGGCAUCCAUCAUCAGCCACAUCCAGACGUAUUUCCAAAUUUGAACAUCAUCCCCAAACAGGUGUUUGGGAGACCCCAACCAUUUCUGACAUAGGCUUGAGAGGGGUAGGCUGUUUAUCUAGAUAAGCCAAGCUCUGGAGCGCAAUGUUGAAUCCCUGGGAAGCGAGAGUAUGGGGUGUGCUGAUUUAAAAACAGAAAAUGCAAAGUUGGACUGAAAAUAUCUUUAGUCUUCCAAGCAAUCUGCUUAAGUGUUCCAAACUUACCUUAAUCUGGUGAGAAAAGGAGCUGCCCUAUUUUUCUUUGUUCUUCGUCUACAACUGGAACCAGCCAUUUCCCAAAGCCACCACCAUGGAGGUUGCAAUGGUGAGUGCGGAGAGCUCAGGGUGCAACAGUCACAUGCCUUAUGGUUAUGCAGCCCAGGCCAGGGCCCGGGAGCGGGAGAGGCUCGCUCACUCCAGGGCUGCUGCGGCAGCCGCCGUGGCAGCCGCCACAGCUGCUGUGGAAGGCGGCGGGGGUACUGGAGGGGGAUCCCACCACCACCACCAGUCGCGUGGGGCCUGCACCUCCCAUGACCCUCAGAGCAGCCGGGGUAGCCGGAGGAGGAGGCGACAGCGGCCCGAGAAGAAGAAAGUCCACCACCGUCAGAGCAGCUUUCCUCACUGCACUGACCUGAUGGCCAGCGGCUCUGAAGAGAAGAUCCUGAGGGAGCUGAGUGAGGAAGAGGAGGAGGAGGAGGAGGAGGAAGAGGAGGAGGAGGAAGAGGAGGAGGGAAGGUUUUACUACAGCGAAGAUGACCACAUUGAUGAAUGUUCCUACACGGACCUGCUGCCUCAGGAUGACGGGGGCGGCGGGGGCUACAGUUCAGUUCGCUACAGUGACUGCUGUGAGCGCGUGGUCAUCAAUGUGUCAGGCCUCCGCUUUGAGACUCAGAUGAAAACCCUGGCCCAGUUUCCAGAGACCUUGUUGGGGGACCCUGAGAAAAGGACUCAGUACUUUGACCCUUUGCGUAAUGAGUAUUUUUUUGACAGGAACAGGCCUAGCUUUGAUGCCAUCUUGUAUUAUUACCAAUCAGGAGGCCGUCUGAAGAGGCCGGUCAAUGUCCCCUUUGAUAUCUUCACCGAGGAGGUGAAGUUCUAUCAGCUGGGAGAGGAGGCCCUCCUCAAGUUUCGGGAGGAUGAGGGCUUUGUGAGAGAGGAGGAGGACAGGGCCUUGCCGGAGAAUGAAUUUAAAAAGCAGAUUUGGCUUCUCUUUGAGUAUCCCGAGAGCUCCAGUCCAGCGAGGGGCAUAGCCAUCGUCUCCGUCCUGGUCAUCUUAAUCUCCAUUGUGAUUUUCUGCCUGGAAACCUUGCCUGAGUUCAGGGACGACAGGGAUCUGCUCAUGGCGCUGAGCGCGGGCGGGCACAGUGGGCUGUUGAAUGACACCUCCGCGCCGCACCCAGAGAACUCAGGGCACACGAUAUUCAACGACCCCUUCUUCAUUGUGGAGACGGUCUGUAUCGUUUGGUUUUCCUUUGAGUUUGUGGUUCGCUGCUUUGCCUGUCCCAGCCAAGCACUCUUCUUCAAAAACAUCAUGAACAUCAUUGACAUAGUCUCCAUUUUGCCUUACUUCAUCACGCUGGGCACGGACCUGGCCCAGCAGCAGGGCGGGGGCAACGGCCAGCAGCAGCAGGCCAUGUCCUUUGCCAUCCUCCGGAUCAUUCGUCUGGUCCGAGUGUUCCGGAUCUUCAAACUCUCCAGGCACUCCAAAGGCCUGCAGAUCCUGGGCCACACACUCCGAGCCAGCAUGCGCGAGCUGGGCCUUCUCAUCUUCUUCCUCUUCAUUGGCGUCAUCCUCUUCUCCAGUGCGGUGUAUUUCGCGGAGGCAGAUGAACCCACUACCCACUUCCAAAGCAUCCCAGAUGCGUUUUGGUGGGCUGUGGUGACCAUGACGACUGUGGGCUACGGGGACAUGAAGCCCAUCACCGUGGGGGGCAAGAUUGUGGGGUCUCUGUGUGCCAUUGCGGGAGUCCUAACCAUUGCUUUGCCUGUGCCCGUGAUUGUCUCUAACUUUAACUAUUUCUACCACAGAGAGACUGAGAAUGAGGAACAGACACAGCUGACCCAGAAUGCAGUCAGUUGCCCCUACCUCCCUUCUAAUUUGCUGAAGAAAUUUCGGAGCUCUACUUCUUCUUCCCUGGGGGACAAGUCAGAGUAUCUAGAGAUGGAAGAAGGAGUUAAGGAAUCUCUCUGUGCAAAGGAGGAGAAGUGUCAGGGAAAAGGGGACGACAGUGAGACAGAUAAAAACAACUGCUCUAAUGUGAAGGCUGUGGAGACCGAUGUGUGAAUCUCACUCUCCACCCGCCACUGCCCCCUCGCCCCACAACCCCAGCGUCUCCAAAUAUAUUUAUGCAUAGAGAGUGCCGUUAUGAAAGUGAAAUAUGCAAAUGAAUCUAAUGCAUAUAGUAGUAUGCCAUUUAACGGUUAUACAUGGCAUAAUUGUUACUAAGCUUGUAUUACAUAUCAAAUAAAUGAUACAUCUUGGAGAAGAGGGAGGCUUAAAUAGGAGCAAAUCUAUCUUUAUAUUUUUUAUUAGAAUGCAAGAAUUUUGCACAUUAAAUGGAAAGGAUGUCAAAAGUGCAGAUGGUUCCAUGGAGAGAAUGUGUGUGUGUGUAUGUGUGUUUUGGUGUGUGUGUGUGUGCUGCGUGCACGUGUGUACAUGUCAGUAAAUUGUCAACAUUGUUAGUAAUUGUGUAGUGAUGGGAAAAGUUGGCAUUUUGAAGUAUUUACUAUGUAAGAACUAAUGAAUUUCAGCAGGCAUUUAUCAGUGCUUUAGUCGCAUCUCAUGUCUUUGGAUUCUAUAGUUGUUUUUUAAAAAUUGUAAGAAUUACUGUGUAGAAAAAAAGAGUAAAUUAUUUAAUAGAAUAUAGGUCACAAUUUUAUCUUGGAUUUAAUUAUAAAGUUUAUUUUUAACUGGAAAUUAACUUUUAAACAGGCUGCAGGGGCCUUUAGAAAUUGAUUAUAUUUUAUUAUUAAUUUUGGAAAGAUAUGACAGCAAAAAAAAUGGAAGAAAUGAAAUCAGAGAAAAUGUAACAAGUUUUUUUCACAGAUAACGGGACUGAAAUUUUUUUUUUCCUUUGCACUACUUUAUAUGCUGGAGAUUUGAGAGAGACUUCAUACUGUGAAUGUUUACUAAUGUAACAGUUUAAUGACAAUCAUUGGAAGAAUGAUUUCUUAGUCUUAUUUUAUUGUUCUCUUUUUUCUUUGUGUGAGACUAAUGGCCACGCAGAUAACAGCACAUGAUUCCCUUCUUUUUUUAAAUUUACAUAACUGAUCUGCAAAGGGACUAUGAAGUAAAAUUUAGCAACUGAAUCUUUUGAAAUUGGUCUGUUGCCAUGCUUCUGAAACCAUACUAUCAUAAAUAUUCUUCUGCCUUUAAAUUCAAAAUAAUUUAACCAAAGUUAAUGCAUGCACUGAAAAACUCUUGAAGAAAUAAGAUGCCCAGCAGUUACAGUGAUUGGCUUAAGAGCUUUCUAUUAAAUGUGCAACAUAAAUGCUAGAUUUAUUAAGUUUAUUUCUUUGUACAGCUACAUAAGAGCAUAAUGUGGGAUUCGCCUAAGAAUUUAGCAUUCUAUUUGCUAAAAUUGAUAUAAGAAAGAAUUGGGUCAAAACAUUGAUUUGGACAUAACCAUCACUAUUUUUACUAGAAUUUAUAACAUAUAUAACUGCAUGUAACUUGCAACAAGGUAUUCUAGAAUGUGAGGUAACAGCUAGAGUUCAGACUUGCACUUUCAUGUCAUAAUGCGAUAUAGGUUAGCAAACUCAGAAUGCAUAAGAGGGCUUCAAUUUCUAUUCUCUAUAAAAUGGUUGUCCUGAGGUUUGGGGGGGAAAAAGGUACAUAGGGUAUCUUAGCACAUAAUGAACUCUGACAACUGUGAACUUGGGGGAGAAAAAAAAGACCUAGGAUAGCUUUUCUCUAGCUUUUUAAUCCCAGGCCAUCAUUUGAUAAUAACAUAAACCUUACUUCUUUAAUGGUAUUUGAAAUUUCAAGUAAAUCCAGUGUUAGGUUUAAAAGCAAAGCUACACCCUCUCCCCAUCCCUUACCCACCACUUACAGAGAAACACAUCUCGAAAACACCAUUUGGAGAAAGAAAAAGAGCAAGCAGGAUAGUUGAUUGUGCAGACCAAGGAUCUCUAGCGGACAGUAGCGUGACAAAACAGGAAAUGCCAUCUGGUAACAAGACUUCAAAGAUGGCAUUUUAAUAUAUCUUGGAUAUGGAGCAGAAUUGUAACAUACAUUAGACUAAGGGUAAUACUAUUUAAGUUGGUCACCAUUUGGAAAAAUCACAUUGUUAAUCUCUGCCCCUCAAUUUCCUUAUUAGUAAAAAAGAGGGCACAUCAAGCAUUUGUUUUAUCUCAGAGUUGUUGCUGAAAGCAAAUGAGAACAUGAAAAUUCUGAAAUGUCAAGUGCCAUAUAAACGCCUUGAUGGUAUGUCUAAACUGUUUAAUCUUCCUCUGGGGCAAAAAGAGAUUUAGAACCCAUGAGCUACAUCUGCUUUGUUAGGAUAUUGUGAUAACUGUGGGUAAUUUCUUUAAUUUUGAGCUUCUUACGAGAAGUUGAUUUGCAGACACAAGAUAGCCUAUCAUUGAAUAAUUGAAGCAAUUUCUUUUGGGGGAAGAUCCCAGGCAUGUCUUAGUAUAAAAAGUUGACUUCAUGGACAAGCUACCAUGUACCUUUUGCUGUACUAGGUCAGAUUCUAUAUGAAAAUAGUACAAAUGCUCUCCAGCAUUGGAUGUUUAUUGAACAUUUCUAUAAUAGCAAUAGCAGUGACUUGACUGUGUUUAUAAAGGAAAGCAUAUUGUAUUCCGUUGUUUCUACAAUGCCUCCUUUUUAAAUAUGAAAAGUUCUAUUAAAUUUAAUUGAUAUAUAUUAGAGCUGAUAAUUCUGAGAAUCCAAGAAAUAUAGUUAUUUGGGGAUUCUGGGAUUUUCCUUUAUCUUACAUGGUUUUCUUAAGGGUAAAAGGGUCAAGAAAUAACAGUUAUGGGCUUCCAAACCAAACAUUAUUAGGUUAUUAAAUGUAUGUAUGUUUGAUUGUUUUUUCUUGCAAGAUACAUUUAUUUUAGGAUGUCUGGAUCUUGAUUCCAUGCUGAGAAGGAAGCGUUUUAAGCCCUUAAGACUUGUAUAGGGGCAUUUCUGUAUGGAAUACUUCUCUUAUAGAGAAUGUGUAAAGAUAGAAUCCUCAUUGCAGCUGUGGUUUUAUAGAAUUUUCCAAGUCAGAGAUAGACAAAAUGCUUUAGUACCAUUUGUGAAAAUUUUAUACUGGGAAAUAUGCUUCCAGGGCCUAUUUGUAACAGAUUAAGGAAACUAUCUUCCUUAGUAGGAUACAUUAAGGCCACUAUACAUAUUUGGAUAUACUAUAGAAGAGAAGUGACCCCAUUUAGAGAUUUGAAGUUUUAGGAUCUGGGAUCCUUUCAUUGCUUUUCAUAUGAUAAUGUUACCAAAAGUACAAUAUUUGAGGGUCUUCCUAACCAGAGUCUUUUCAAGGGUGAAUGCAGUGUUCUCUCUUGCGAAUGCUUGAAAAGGAAACACUAAUGCCUCAUAGUUAUAGAGAAGAGAGGAAGCCUAAAUAUUCCUUUUAAUUUCUGUGAAAAGGAGCUAGUGGGUGACAGAGGAAUGACAGCUGGUCUCGGAGUCCAGAGCUGGCUUGUGGACCUGGGCACAUCAUUUCAUCUCCUGAUUCUGUUUUGUUUUGUUUUGGUUUUUUAAGCAUAAAAUCACUUCAUUCCUCCUAGCACUCUGAAGGUGAUAGAAGUUGCUUGAUAUUUUUGAAGUACCUUCAAGUCAUAUCACCUUGAUUUUAUAGUAAGUACUAAGCAUAAGUUAGUUUUAAAAUCUCACUGUUAGGUUAAAUGCAGGAUGAGGGGUUUGAGAUUUUUAGAAUGUAAACCAAAGUGAAUGAAUAGGGUGUAUUUUGAAGCUAUUUAUUCUAACAAUUUCUAAAGGGAAGGGAUUCACUUAAUAAAAAAUAACUCCUCGGUCUCCAGUUGAAUACAUAUGGUGAAAGUUGGUAAGUAAACAUUUUGAUUUCUUGCUUUGUUAGAGUACAGCCUUGUCAGUAAACAAGUGUUCCGACCUGUGCUGGGGAACUCAUUUUAUGCAGAAACACAUGUAGUAUUUCACAAGUGUACCAGUUUCCUUGUCAAAUUUGUUUCAAACAGGAUCGCUGAAGCUUUGUGAAAACCUUUUCAUUAAGCAUGUGUUGCAAUAGAAUCCAAUACAUGACUAAGAAACAUCUAAGGAAAAUACUCUGAGUUAAGGGAUAUAUUUCCAUUUUUUUAGAAAGUCAACAUUAACCAACAGAAAAUUAUCUUUAAUUACAUUGGCAUCUUAAACAGAGAUAUCGCUACAUCCCAAGAGAUCAGAAAUGGUGUUAUUCAUUGUUACUGAUUUUGAGGAUUGUGAUGCUUCCUCAGCACUAACAUUGCAGCCAUUCCUAAGUAAAGUGGAAAUACCCGUAGGUUCGGUUUGCAUUUUUAAGUGAACAUAUGAUGUGCUUGUGUGCACGAUGCGGAGUGUAACAUCCCUCUUUAUAUAUUUAUAUAUUUUUAUCAGUAUAGUUUAGAAUGAUUACAUGUUGUCAUUCAAAGACAAAGGGGCCUGUUCCAAAGGGAAAUCUUCCUGACCCAAAAGUUAUUCUGAAUUCUGCAAGGGACAUUUGGUAUGAACAAAAGGUACCCCUUGGUUUUCCUGCCUGUGAAGAAGCUUGACUCAAAGCAUAGAGUCUUCCAGACCAAGGUAACACUGCAGGUUAGAAGACAGUCCUACUGUCUAGUACGGAGAUCGGUAUUGCCAUUCGAAAGAAGGUUGAUGGAGUGGUUUGUGUUCAUGAUUGAAGGAAGCAGAGCUGUUUUUGUAGUAAAUGGGAAUAUGUACUUUUGAAAUGUAAAUUAAGAUUCAGACUGAUAUGAGUUUUAUUUCUGACUUGGUUUUCUGUUUCCAUAGCAGUCUCAAUUUCUUACAGUAUCUUCUUCACAAAAGUAUGCUAAUAUGUAUCAGGCCAUAUGGUCCAAUUUGAGGUUCAGAAAAUAUGGUUACUUUAUUUGUGGGUAAAUAAAUUAAUCCAGGGCAUGAGUUGGGUGUUUUGAAAACAUGACACAUAUGUAGUGAGCUGUGGCAUUAAGUGAGACUCUAGCAUAUCCUCUUUCAGGCCCAUGGGUUACACUGAGUAGAGCCUGAAUAGAUGUAUAAGUCAAAUAAUUGAUACAUAAAGACUCUUGCUGUCUGUCACCUGGGAAAGGAUUCCCACGUUCGCUAGUCAUGGUGUUGUCAGCCUGCAGUUAAGUUCUUGAUUCACUAGCUGCUGUUGGUAUCUUGGAAGGAGAAUUUGUAUCCAGAAUACCAGGAGCUACUGAUAGUGGAUCCACAAGCAGUCAGCUUUUGCUUCCUAAACAGCAAAUUAUCUGUUGUGUAUCUUUCCAUAACUAGCUGCUUCUCAUCUGAGGCUGGCUUUGCUCAGGCCCAGGACCAUUUUCUCCCAUUAAACAGCCGGUGUAUAAAAUGCAAAAUAAAAAAAAAAAAAAAAGGAAACUAGUACAGUAGAAACAACAAAAGCCAAACAAAACCUAACUGGGAAGCCAGAUCUGUUGUUCAAUGUGCCAUGUACAUCAGAGCAAAAUAUGGAGGGUUUAUGGGUAACUUUUGUCAUGGUGGCUCCUCACCAUUAGCAGAGGUAACCAACAGGUGACUGUUUUGAUGGCUGAUAUAAAGAAGAAAUGAGUUACUGAAAGUGUAUAUGAGUUAACAUUUUCUGUGAAAAUGAUAGAAAUGCCAACUUACCUUAGUAGUGGUCUUAAUAGUAAUUAUUAAAAACAAUAAAUAUGAAAAAUAUGCUGUUUUUUUUCAGUUAUUAGCAUCAUGUGGAAAUGUACUGGGAUUGUUUCUUUCAUGAUUCUAUCGACCAGGGGUGUAUUUUUAAACCAGCGAGCAUGAAGGCAAAUGUUUCUUAAGCUAUUGGCUAUAUUGAGGGGUCAGUCAUUUCUUAAAUCAGUCAAAGCAGUUAAUAGCCCCUGUGGAUAUCAACUAAAGUUGUGUCAGUACUGAGCCAAAGAAUUAUAUUUGUUUAAAAAUAAUCAGAUUAAUAUAUAUUUAUAUGUUUAUAUUUAUCAGAUUUUAUGUUCUGCCUUCAUUUUGGCAAAAGGCACAUAAGCAAAAUGAAUGAUCUGAGACAUUGAAAGAGACUUCUUGAAGUGGAAGUGCAUAAUUCCCAUGUGUUUUGGGGAAAUAGUGAGACUAAAGACUGAAAAAGUUUUCUUUACACUCUAGGUUGGAUUUUUAUGCCGUAUAACCAUAGUGGUAUUAGGGCUAAGCUCUGGGACAUUCCAUGGGAUAAGGUUAUAUGGGUUUCCAUUCCCAAGAAGGGUUAAUUUGUAUGUUUUAUGGAACAUUGCAAAGUGUUUAUUUUUCAUGGACAUUAUUCCCAUUAUAUAAAGGGUGCACAUAGCGUGGAAACUAGACUAUAUGGCUCCAUACAUCUACUUUGUGCUCUGUAGAAAUAGACAUACUUGAAACCAUUAUCUUUCUGUACUUUUGUUGUGGAUGUUGUUUGAUGUGACUUCCUUAAUUCUCUUAAUUAAGGUAAUAUUAUAGCAUUAAAAAAAUCUCAGGUUACUGUUGUGGGGUUUUUAUGUUUUUCUUUUGUGUGUGUGAAUGUUCCAAUAUCUUUCAAC